AUGGCACCAGAAGUAUACAUCCCAGCACAGCGUGCUGUUGAAACUCUCGUCGCCAAAUUACGGAGGAGGCGAGUAGUAGGCUCACGACAGGCGGCGUUGGAAACUGUGCUCGUGCUCCGCGAAGUCGUCUCAAAAGCCCGUUUCUCGAACUUCGACCAGUUAGUAGCGCUGAUCCGAGAGGUGGGCCGGAGGCUUUCAGAGGCGCAGCCAAAGGAGCACACCGUCGGCAACAUUGUGCGUAAGGUGCUGCACAACAUCCGCGAGGAGUACAACACGGCGACGAGGGGAGAUGUGGCAUCGGCGUCGACCAAGAAUGUGUUCACGAUCUCCAAGUUUGUGCUGCAGGGCCAGCCGCGCAAACACAACGUUGCGCCGAAAUCGGAGACGACGACGUUUUUAAGGGAGAAUGAUCCCAAUGAUCCGGACUCGUUCGCCAAGGGGCUGAAACCUGUGCUAAUAGAAGCAAUUAAAGAGGUCCUGGACGAGCUCGAGACGGUAUACGACAAUGUAUCGAAGAAUGCGAAGGACCACAUACAUUCAGACGAAAUUAUCCUCACAAUCGGCCACUCACACACGGUGGAGGCGUUCCUUAAAUCCGCAAAACAUUACCGAAAUUACACUGUCAUCGUUGCAGAAACCGGACCUUCUUACAAUGGACACGAGAUGGCGCGUUCACUCUCAGCCGCGGGCAUAUCCACCUUCCUAGUUCCGGAUUCCUCUAUAUAUGCCAUUAUGUCACGCGUUAACAAAGUGAUCCUCGGCGCACACGCCAUCCUAGCGAACGGCGGCAUGUUUGCCAUCACCGGUACAUUGCUCGCAGCGACGGCGGCGCGCGCCCACAGUACGCCCGUCGUCGUGUGUGCGGGACAGUUCAAACUCACGCCGCUGUGGAACUUAUAUCACGACUACGGGGCCCUCGAUUUUGCUGAUCCGAGCAGCGUGCUGGGCUUCGAGGAGGGCAAUCUGGUCGACAAGGUCGAUGUGCUGAACCCAUAUUACGACUACGUAGGCCCCGACCUCGUCGAUGUGUUUAUCACGAAUGACGGCGACCACCCCCCUUCAUCGGUCUACAGGCUGGUCAAGGAGACAUACGAUGACGAUGACCACGAGCUAUAG